AUGCUCAGGUCGCGGUUCGCUUCUUCCAUCCCGCAGAACCUCUUCAGGCAUGCACAGGCGGCGCGCCAAUACGCUUCCGCCGCUCCAACAGCUGCCUUCGCUGGUCAGAAGGGAGCCAAUGGAAAAUACACAGUGACCCUCAUUCCUGGUGAUGGAAUCGGUCCAGAAAUCAGCGAGUCCAUUAAGGACAUCUACGUUGCUGCUAAUGUACCAAUACAAUGGGAGGAAGUUAGCGUCACACCGAUCUUGAAAGGUGGAAAGACUGUGAUACCAGACGCCGCCAUUCAGUCCGUGAAGCGAAACACUGUCGCAUUGAAGGGUCCUCUUGCUACCCCAAUUGGAAAGGGCCACGUAUCGUUGAACUUGACGCUGCGACGAACGUUUAAUCUUUUCGCCAACGUACGACCAUGUGUAUCCAUCCAAGGCUACAAAACUCCUUACGAUGACGUGAACACGGUUCUAAUUCGGGAGAACACCGAGGGAGAGUACUCUGGUAUUGAGCAUGAGAUCAUCGACGGUGUAGUGCAGUCGAUCAAACUCAUUACAUGGGACGCUUCGGAGCGCGUCGCUCGCUACGCUUUUAAUUACGCGCAAUCAAGCGGUCGGAAGCGCGUUACUGCGGUGCACAAGGCAAACAUCAUGAAAAUGUCGGACGGGAUGUUUUUGUCCGCUUGUAGGGAAGUCUCGAAGGAAUUCCCCGAUGUAGCCUAUGAUGAAGAUCUUCUCGACCGAGUAUGCCUUCAGGUUGUCCAAAACCCGAAGCCGUACGCGGACCGGGUGAUGGUUAUGCCAAAUCUCUACGGAGACAUUCUGUCCGACAUGUGUGCUGGUCUGAUUGGCGGACUGGGUCUCACACCCUCCGGUAAUAUAGGACGUGAUGCCUCCAUCUUCGAGGCUGUUCAUGGCUCUGCUCCGGACAUCGCAGGGAAAGGCUUGGCUAACCCGACUGCGUUAUUGUUAUCUUCCCUCAUGAUGCUGAGACACAUGAACCUCAAUGAGUACGCAGACAAGAUCGAAAAGGCCGCUUUGACCACGAUUGCGGAAGGGAAAACCAUCACUGGAGACCUUGGAGGCAAAUCCUCCACCAAGGAGUACACCAGCGCCAUCAUUGCCAAGCUUCGCGCUUGA